AUGGAUUCUUUGUGGAUUUUUGUGCAGCUCAUCACAGCUGCAGCCUUCAUAUGUUCCAUAAUCAUUGUAAUCCUCAAAGCCUCAUCCUCUUCAAAGCCUUCACUUCCUGCUGGCUCGCUCGGCCUCCUCUUCGUUGGCGAAACGCUCCACUUCGUCUCCUCCGCUUACUCUCACCGCCCCGACAGUUUCAUGGACACGCGCCGCCUACGAUAUGGGAAGGUUUUCAAAUCCCAUUUAUUUGGAAGUCCAACAAUUGUGUCAACUGAUGCUGAAGUUAACAGAUUUGUUCUACAAAGUGAUGCGAAGGCUUUUGUGACGUCUUAUCCAAAAUCUGUGACGGAUUUGAUGGGAAAAGCUUCUAUUUUGCUUAUUAAUGGCCCUUUGCAUAGAAGAAUUCAUGGCCUUAUUGGAGCAUUCUUCAAGUCAGCUCAUCUUAAAGCUCAAUUAACCAUUGAUAUGCAGAAAUUUCUUCAAAAAUCCAUGUCUACUUGGAGUUCUUCUCAACACAAUCCUAUCCAUAUACAAGAUGAAGCCAAAAAUAUUGCAUUUGAAGUACUAGUAAAGACAUUGAUGAGUUUAGAGGGCGGUGAAGAAAUGGAAUUUCUGAAGAAACAAUUCAACCAAUUCAUUGCUGGGAUUAUGGCUUUCCCAAUAAACAUCCCAGGAACCACACUUUACAGAUCAUUACAGGCCAAAAGGAAAAUGGUUAAGUUAGUGGAAGAAAUAAUAGAAGGUAAAAGAAAGAAGAUGAAUGAGAAUUUGAGUAAUAAUAGAGUCCCAAAUGAUGUUGUGGAUAUCUUGCUGAAUGAUGGAAGCCACCAAGUUACUGAUGAACUCAUAGCAGAUAAUAUCAUUGAUAUGAUGAUUCCCGGCCAAGAUUCAGUCCCGAUCCUUAUCACUUUGGCCAUAAAAUACCUUUCCGAUUGCCCGUUAGCUCUUCAACGAUUAGUGGAAGAAAACAUGGAAUUGAAAAGACUGAAAACCCAGCUUGGAGAGCCAUUGAAGUGGACUGAUUACUUGUCAUUACCAUUUACACAAAAUGUCAUAACAGAGACGUUGAGGAUGGGAAAUAUAAUAACCGGAGUGAUGAGAAAGGCGGUGAAGGACGUCGAGAUAAAAGGGUAUCUAAUACCUAAAGGAUGGUGUGUUCUUGUAUAUUUUAGGUCAGUUCAUGUUGAUGAAGAACACUUUGAAAGUCCUUACCAUUUCAAUCCAUGGAGAUGGCAAGAUAAAGACUCAACCAGCUUGAAUUUCACUCCUUUUGGUGGAGGACAAAGGUUGUGCCCUGGACUUGAGUUAGCCAGACUAGAAACUUCCAUUUUCUUGCAUCACUUUGUCACUGAAUUCAGGUGGGUGGCUGAGGAAGACAACAUUAUAAACUUCCCAACAGUGAGAAUGAAGAAGAGAAUGGCAAUUUGGGUAAAGAAGAGAGAGGAUGAACGUUGUUGAGACCCACAGAAGACAGCAACAAGUUAGCACAAAACUUGACCAUUUUGAUCCCUUUCCAACAGACAAAUAAUUGGGACACACAGACAAAAGAAACGACAUUUUCUUGGUCAACAUGCAAACGUGUGGGUAUGCCCACUUUUAAUGUUCUUACUUGUCGCCGUGGAAAAAAUGUCUCUCUAUUGUCCUACAAAUCCCAUGCUCCAUAGGAUGCUCAUCUUUUCCUUCCCUUUCAUUUUUAUGCCUUAUU